AUGUCUUCAGCCACUUUGAGCGUGUUGUUGAGCAAUAUCUGGCUGCUCACCACCACUAGGGACAUGGUUGCGAUCUUGGUCAAUUUGGCAAGAAUCUGUUUGUUUGACCUAGCAGACCUGUUCUUGUCUUGUAAGGGUUUCAGCAAUGUAUAUGUUUCACUGAACAGUUCCUGGAUAAGAAGCGAGUUUGGGGAUUUGGACUCUUCUGUUUCCAACCGCGACAGGAUUUCCAGGCCAACGUCAUUGAGCGGAGCCAAUGAGUUGGCCGAUCGGUCCACCAAAAGAUUGACAGACAUGGGAAAAAGGUUUAAAAAAUUAAAUUAUUACUUGUUUAUGGCCGAAGAAAUACAGACGGCAAGUUCCGAGAGUCGGCAGGCAAGUCGGUCUCAAAGCCCGCAAACAAGCGAGCCCGAUGAUAAGCUGCUUGUUUCUGCGCUGUUGGCGGAGAUUCAGAAACCGUCGGUGACCAGAAUGGACUUGGCUAAGGACAUCCCCAUAGAAAGAGUGAAAAUCGAGCUGGACCCGAUGGAUACGCUCUUAGAGUCGUGCAUUGGCCUGUUUCUCUCGUAUUUGGGAAUAGAGCAUGUGACAAGGUCGGCUUUGAACCAGCUCACGUUGCUUGCAGUCACCCAUAUCGACCAAAUAUACUCGCAACUCCACAAAGUGACGGAGAUCCAGCGAAGACGACAGCCGUCCAAGGGCGACUUGAAGGUGCUGGAGAGUCUUGGGGUGAUUGAUUUCAACGACGUCUAUGACGCCCUCCAGGUUGCGAAAAACAUAGACAAAACAAAAGUCCAGAAGAUCGAAAAGAAAGCGGCCAAAUUGUGCGAGAUUCUCGAUAGACCCGCAGAGGACGACAUUCUCACCGAACAAGACCCGGCAUUUGUGUUUUUCAAUGACACGUCCGCGGUGAUAUCUCAGGUGGUUCCUCCCACCGUGGGAGAAAAAAGCUACAUCCCCAGCUGGAUGCCUCCAUUACCUCCGGACCACACCUAUCGCGCUACUCCUAAAUACACAGCCAUUAUCGACAACCCUAUCAAGAUGAGGGAACAGUUGGUGCAGGAGGCCCGGCUUGGAGAGAAGGCAUUGCACCAUAUUUUAGAUUUGAAGGAGAAUGUUGUUCCGGUGGAGAAAGGCGACAGCGAGCCGGAAGUCGAGACCGACGUGAGCUCCGAGAGCGAGCAGAAGGAGCCCGUGUACGACGACGUUCCAGACUCACGCGAGGGCAAGUUCAACAUUGCCGAGUUUGCCAAAAAGCGGCUGGCUACUUUGGAAAAGCGUCGUUCGGAGAAAGAAAAGCUAUACAAGAAGCGUGUGGAGUCGCAGGAAGCUGUUUUGGGGCGCACAUUGGGAUUCUACACGCAGUCGAGCAGCUAUCCUUCAGGUUUCCACCAAGUCCUCGGAAACUUGUACGAUGAAACCUACGAACAGGUGAUAAGCGGUCUGCGUAGCCAGCAGAAGAGACGCGCCAAACAGAUCGAGGAGGACAAGAAACGGGUCGAAACGAACCACGAGGAGAUCAAGAUUCCGGAGUUUACGGGCGAGGUGCACGAGGACGACUUUGACAUGGACGAUUUCGAGUUUGACGAGGUGCUAGAGGAGACAGAGAAAGCUCUACCGGUUGCUGUUUCGGAAACUACAAGCCAACCAGAGCCAGAGCAACUGCCACUACCAAAAACGACUCAGGAUCCCGCCGACGACUCGUUGGACGAGUUCGAGGCCGUUUUCGACGAGGUCACUGCCGCCGACGCAGGAGACGACGAUAUCGACAUGGACCUUUUUGAAUAG